ACAAAAAAGGCGAAAAAUAAAAAUAAAAAAAGAAUACCAGCUUUGCAAUGGCGAAGUGGAGCACAAGUACCGGUAGAAAAUAACCAUUUUUAAUUGCUUAAAGUGACAAUUUAUUUAUUGAAUUAAAUAUGGUAAAAUACCAAAAAAUAGUCCUAUGUUUUCGUAUCUAUACGAACCAUACUUUUCAAAAUUAGCAAUACUCAUUUAAUGUAAUUUCCAUGUAAAAAGUUACUAAUAGAAACUCUCCUCUUCAUGUAUUUAUAUUUGUCCACAUGUGAAUUUUGAUUUCUUAGCAGUCAGAUUUUGAGCUCAGGUUUUUGCAGCAUGGCGUCUGGGUUUUUGGUUCUCUUCUAGAGAAUGUUGGAAGCAGCUCUGGAAUCAUGCCACCUCGAUUCUUGCUUUCGGAGCUACACUCCCUCUCUUGGAUUCUGGGAUCUUUUCUGAUUGAGUGGUUUCAAUUCUUGCAAGUCGAGGGCUUUAGGAAUUUGUUUGGUACUGCUAAUUAAGGGGGUUUUUAGGGCUUGUGUUUUGAGGUAGCUAAAUUAAGAGAGAGAGAGAGAGAGAGAGAGAGAGGGCGAUAUAGACGAGGCUAUUUGAUGGUAGCUCAGAGAAUGGGAUCUCAAGGGGUUGAUGGUAACAGCACUGUUGGAACCCGAAUCCAAAACCCGGACCCGAAAUCGAACCAAUUGGCUAGGCAGGGCUCUUUGUACAGCCUUACUCUUGAUGAGGUGCAGAAUCAUUUGGGGGAUUUGGGGAAACCCCUUAGUAGCAUGAAUCUUGAUGAGUUUCUCAAGAAUGUGUUGACAGCUGAGGGGAAUAAUCAGACAGCAGAAGGCAUUGAGUAUGGGCAAUCUGCGGCUUGCCAGCCUGCAUCGGGGUCAUCUUUGAAUCGGCAGUCUAGUGUUUCAAUCUCUAGGGAUCUAAGCAGAAAAACUGUUGAUGAGGUGUGGAAAGAUAUCCAGCUGGAGCAGAAAAGGAGCAGUCUUGAUAGGAAUGUCACUCUCGGGGAAAUGACGUUGGAGGAUUUCUUGGUUAAGGCCGGGGUGGUUGCUGAGCCGUCACCAGGGAAGAAGAACCCGGGGUCGGUUGUAGGAGGGGUUGAUAUGAUGGGGUUGCCUCAGCAAGCUCAAUGGAUGAGUUACCCGAUCUCUGCAGUUGCUCCUCAGCAGCAGCAGCAACAACAAAGUAUGAUGCCUGUUUACAUGCCGGGCCAUGCAAUCCAGCAACCGAUUCCUCUCGGGGGAAACUCUGUUUUGGACACUGGUUACCCGGAAGCCCAGAUAGUGUCGUCUUCCCCACUGAUGGGCACGUUGUCUGACACCCAAACGACGAGACGGAAGAGGGUUCCCCCGGAUAAUAUAGCUGAGAAGGGUGUUGAAAGGCGGCAGAAGAGGAUGAUAAAGAACAGGGAAUCUGCAGCACGUUCACGAGCAAGGAAGCAGGCCUACACUCAUGAACUCGAGAACAAGGUUUCACGCCUUGAGGAGGAGAAUGAAAUGCUCAAGAGACAACAGGAAUGGGAGAAGGUGCUGCCGAGCAUACCACCACCACAGCCAAAGUUUCAACUGCGUCGAACGAGCUCAGCUCCCAUGUGAGGAUAAUGUAGAUUGGUUGUUGGCUUUUUUCCUUCUUUUUCUUAUAGUUAAGAUUAGCUAGCGUUAGUUUCUUUUGUCUUUUUCGACUUUACUGCUCGAUCUCCCUCCUUUUCUAGAUUACAGACAGCCCGAGGAUACAGCCUCGACCUCGAUUAUCGGUGGCUUGAACAUCCUCCGGCUGCCUUUCUUGUAUGUACAUUUUUAUAGUAUCAAGCAACCUGGGAUUGUAUGAAAACCUUGUUGUCAUGAUUUGAGUCAUAGUUGUUCUUGAUUCA